CCACGGAAGUGGAGCGCUACUGGGCUUGCAAAAACUUCACUUGGCCAUCCUCGGUUUUCUUGUUCUACAGAUACGUAGCGAUCCUAGGACAUAUCCCCCUCGUCUACCAGUCAGGCAUCUUCAGCAUGCACGCACAACGCACGGUCAGUAUUCUUGGUAUCAUAUGGUAUCACUCCGCGUUGGGGUUAUCCAUCCAGGUUCUCACGUCAACCCUCUUGAUCAUGAGAAUAUAUGCAUUGUAUGAACGCAAUCGCUAUGUCCUCGCACCCCUUAUCGUUCUCGUCGCAACGGGGACUGUGAUGAGCUGUUGGAGUAUAAGUCUAGAGCGAUCAACUAAUAUGUUGUAUGGGCUUGACCACAACCUAAGCUAUCAUUUAGCAGGAUCGUGGACCGUGUUCCUCGCGCUCGACACAAUUGUGUUUGCACUUACGGUCCUGAAAGCAAUUAAGAUGGGCAGAGCUCGACGUCAGCCUUUUAUGCACGCACUCGUCACAGAUGGUGUGAUGUAUUAUGGUGUGAUCUUCAGUAUGAAUUUGACGAACAUUCUCAUUCUAUUGUUUGCUCCACCAAUCAAAAAAUAUGCUGGAUCGAUCAUUUCCAUAGUGAUAUCUGUCGUUUUCAUGUCUCAUCUUAUGCUCCAUCUUCGUGAUCCGAGUUUGAUCACUGCUACCAGAUCCGGCACGGACGAAAGUGGAGCGAUGUACCCCUCCAGCUUCACGACCGUGACUGUCGACUUUCCUGUAGCUGUGACCCCACGUACCUUAUCUCCUGCAGUAUCUAUCUGACGAUAAAACCAUUACUUCGAUGCAUGCAACUCACCAGAAGUUCAUCUCGACAAUUGGUUUGAAAUACAGAUCGAUUCAAGUCU